AUGGAGAAACUGGCCAUUUUCUCUCUCUUUCAGAGUGGUGCCGGGGAUUUGAGGGAUACUGAGACAUGUCAGAUGGUAGCCAGAAAGUCAUAUGCUGGCUAUACACCGGAAUCAGCACCCUUAAGCAAUGUGAAUCAUGAUCGUGUCAGGCGGAAAGCUCCGGGUGAAAAUGACUACAGCAAGGCAGCCCAGCCCUAA